GCGACGUGUCCUUGUCCCCCGUGGGCAGCCUCGGCGCGUGCGGGCGCGGAUACCCCGUUCGUGGCCCCCCUCCCGGGAUAACCAGUCCAGAGCCAUGAAGACUAAGAGCCGGCCACCCCGUCGCGGAGCCCCGCCUCAGGACGCGGAGGCCGCCCCGGGAGAGCGCACUCCGGACGGGUCCUCUCCUGACACUGGCCCUGAUCCCUCCAAGGGAGUGCGGAGCCGGGCGGUGCGAGCGACGGGGGCGCGGACUGAGGGCGGGCGCAGGCGGUCAGGGCCAGGGCCGGGUGGCCGGCGAGACAGCAGUGUGCAGCGGCGACUGGAGAGCAACGAGCGCGAGCGGCAGCGCAUGCACAAGCUCAACAACGCCUUUCAGGCACUGCGCGAAGUCAUCCCGCACGUGCGCACGGACAAGAAACUCUCCAAGAUCGAAACCCUAACUCUGGCCAAGAACUACAUCAAGUCGCUGACGGCCACCAUCCUGACCAUGUCCAGUGGCCGCCUGCCGGGCCUGGAGGGGCAGGGCCCCAAGCUCUACCAGCACCUCCAGCAGCAGCAGCAGCAAGUGGGGGCCACGCUGGGCGCCCCUGAGGCCCAGCCGCAGGGCCAUCUGCAGCGGUACUCCACGCAGAUCCACAGCUUCCGAGAGGGCACCUAGGCCUGGCCCUGGGGGCAGUGGCAGUGACAGCCAGCCUCCUCAUCCCAGCCCCGGUCCCUGGCGCUGGGCUCCAGACUGGUGGUAACAUCCCUUGAGGAUGUGUCCCCAGUGACUCCAUUUUUCCUGAGCCCUCAGCUGCACCCCCAGCAGUUUCUCCUGCACCUGCACCUGUGGGGACAAGCAAGUGGCCCAGGGAGGCCAUGGCUCUGGGUGGCCUGAGGCCCAAACCUCCAUGCAGCACCCAGGUCCUGCUUUUCCACUAACCAGGACUUGGCAGGAGUUGAGAGGCCUCAGCCUUUGUGAUUAGAUUCUCUUCACCUGACUCCUCCCAGGCAGGGGGAGAUUCCAGGAAAAGAUUUACUUAGAAGCAUCCCAUCCACAUGGCCACCAAGGCCUGGAAGGACCCUUCUCCAAUCUGCAGCAGUGGGGCUGGGACUGGGUGGGGCCUAAGCCCUGCAUUAUCAUUCAAGGUAAACUAAGGCCCAGAAUAAUCCAGGCAAAGCCUGAGGCCUCUGGGGAGAUGGUUGGAGUGUCAAGCUCAGUAGAGGACCCUUAAGUGACCUUGAAUUCAUUCUAAGGGGAAUUUAGAGUGAGGGCUGGCAUCUCUUCCUCCUUCCUCCAUCUGUGGGAGCAGCAACCCCCAGCUGAGGAGGGUCCAGGCCUGGCCCUGACAGCCCCAUGGAGUUGGAGCCGGAUACCAGGAGUUGCUAAUGUUGCCUUUCUGGGAUGUCCAGGAGGGAAGCUGGGAGGCUCUAGGUCCUUAGAGCAGCCCUGGAGCCUCUGCCUGGCCCUAGCCUGUGUGUUGAGGAGCGUUUGUCCUGGGCCUUCCAGAUAAUGUCAUAUUUUUCACCAUUGUGGGGUCAUGUAAUUGGCCAAAGGCAGGCAGUAGGACUCUAGGAUGUUUGUUCUUGGUUGCUGGUUUGAGUUGGGGGGCAUGUUGGCGCUUUCUGUGAGUGAAAUCUGGGGACGGCAGGACUUCCCUCCCCCCCACCCAUGGUAGCAAGGCCUGGGUGGCUUGGCACAUCCUUGCUGCCUCAGGCCCAGCUUCCUUCUGUCUGGUGUUCCUGCCCUACUGGCUCUGCCAGACUUGGUCACUUUGCUCUCAACCCCUCCCUUGUUCCUUGGCUCAGAGCUGUCCCAGAGGCCCUUAGGGGCCAGGUCCUUCCUGAGGUGCUGUAGGUGGGGGCCAAAUUGGGCCCUAGGCUCCCACUGACCAGUCCCUAUCCUGUAUCCUUGCCCUGCCCAAGUUUGGGGUUCCUGGCACCAGAUGCUAAAUGCACCAACAGGCUUGGGGUCAGCCCUGGCCACCAUAUUAAGGGUAGAAGGUAGCACCUUCCCCUAGUCAGGCUCUCUGGAAGGUAGCCCCAGGCAUACUACAGUAAGACUUGGUAUCAGACUGUGCAUGCUGCUCCUAGAAGCCUGGUCUGAGGCUGAGCAUAAGUCUAAGUUUGGGACAGAAGGAGUCCAGGCCUCCCUGACUGUGGGCACCCAGCUGGCAGGGAUGUGAUGUGAGGGUACCUCCACUGUAAGGGUGUCAGGGUGUUGCAGACCUGAUAGCCCUUGUUUCCCACUGAGCUGUGGCCAGAAUGGGUUAAGUCCUUGUUGAUCCUGAAAGCACAGAGAGGGGGGGAUACCCAGUGGAGGGUCUGUCCAGAUCAUUCCUGGGGACACGCCACAGCCCAGAGCUGCCCAGGUGUUUCUGUCCCAAACUGGCACCUGGGUCCUUUCCACAUCCCAGAGGGUGACCUGGGGCCAGCUGCCCACUCCUCCUCCACAGCUGGAGGGGAUCUGUGUGCCCUGUAGCCAUAUCAAGGAUACUGAGAUGUCCCAAUCCCACUUCAGGGUGGCAAGUGUCGGGGGAGCUGAGGGGAUAGGUAUAUGACAAGCUUGCAGCUGGAUCUGCCCCUUGCCCUUGUCUUGUACCCCAAUCCCAGGCUGGACUCUCCCAUCCUGUGGGGAGGCUUUGCCUGGGCCAUGAGAUGAGUUUCCUAAAGUCCCUGCACAAGCUGGUCAGGGACCCACAUACUGCUAAGCCCUGGCCGCCUCCACCACACCCUGGGGCUGUCCACCCAGCCACCUACCCUGGCACCAGCACCCUGAGCUGGCUCUGGGAGGUGAGAUCCUCACCAGCACAAGUGGAGAAACCAGAACUGCCACUUUCUGUCAGGGAAAACCCAACUGGAACAGCCCGUGCUCCUGCUGUAAUUGUGGUGGAAAUGUUUCUUAAAUGACCCAGAUUUGCUUUUAUUUUUUUCUAAUGGUCUCUUCAAAGUACUAAUGAAAUCAAUACUGUGUCAUAAAAUGAAAAUAAAAGAUUUCAAAGCAAUUGCUGCUUUUGUCCAUGCACAAAUGCAUGGGGAA